CAGGUACAGGCUUAGUACAGCUCCUUCAAAACACCCUCUCUUUACUUUUUGCCCCUUUUCUUCUCUCUCUCUCAGUUGCUGUUGAGCUACAGAGGUCUGCUUCUAUUGGGGAACCUGAUGCCAUGGAUGUGGGUGGAUGGUGCUUUCUCAUUUUCUUCUUCUCGCUAGUCUCUUCUAUCCAUUAAUUGUGAGCUGUGAAGUGAAAGGGGGAAAAGCAAGGCUUUCCCUUCUUCGUCACUUCUCUCCAAGUUUCAGGAUUUUUUUUCCUCUCUCUCUAGACCCAAUUUGGCCACCACAAGCAGCAAUUAUUGGGAAAGCUGUAAGCUUGAUAAGGUAUGAAUCAAUUGACGGUGGGAAGUUUGUUUUUUGAGGCACAAUAAUCAGGUCAUGAGAGGAGAAAAGGGUGGUUGGAUUUUUGGGUUUUGAUGUUCGCUUUGUCUUCUUGAGGGGUUUUGGGAGCCAAGUCCUUUGUUAUGUUGGAGGCUAAGCAUAAAAGAAAGCCUAAUAGAACCAAAACUUUUGGAGCAGUACAACUGCUGGAACAUUUAGAGAUAAUUGAGAGGACCUUCUUCAGAUGUUAUUAUCUAGUAGAAACUCUCCAGAUACAAGAUGUUCCUCCAAACUUCCAGAAGCAAGGACUGAUGAAAGGGGUUCGUCUGGAAUCCUAGCCUCCCAAGAGGAAUUAGAUCCACCAAUCCUUGGAGAGAGAACUCCCAAUUUCUCUAUAAGAGAUUAUGUCUUUGCAUCACGUUGCAAAGGGAUUGAAGCUUCUUGGCCGUUUUCUCAACAGUUCUUGAAGUUUUGUUUGAAGCAUGGUAUUAAAGAGUUGUUGCCACCUUUUGAACCUCCUGAUGUACUGAGAGCUGACAGUCUCAGAAAGUUGGAAGUAUUAACUCAGCCUACUGCUGGUUCAGAAGCUGAACAAGUUUCUUCAGACUUGGAUCUUCUUACAACUGGUAAUCACUCCAAUGAAGAUCCUUCUAGUGUGCCAAAGAUAUCGGGAUUAACCUCAAAGGAGCCUGUUUUAGUUCAAUCCAUCCAUCCAUCACUGGAGGAUACAAAUUCUACUUCUAACCAUGUCUUAUCUGUGAAUGAAUUGAGCCAUAGUGAUGUUGGAAUUGGCUCAGCUUCUGGGACUUCUCAACAAACUGAAGAAAUUUUAAGUCCGAUUGGUAAUCCUCUUUCUGUAUCUCUAGUCAGAUAUACUACAACACAGUCACAGUGUGAGGUCACUGAUCUUAGCUAUACUCUUGACAAACCUCGUGAACCUUCCGCUAAAAGAGACAGGCAGAUAGUGAAAUUGGUUUCAGUCUCAGAGACUAGACAAACAGAAGGCACUGUAAAAGAUUCUAGAGUGAUACCGCAUCCUAUGGCUUCAAAGGUCUGCCCUGUCUGUAAAACAUUCUCUUUCACUUCGAAUACCACUCUGAAUGCUCACAUAGACCAAUGUCUCUCGAUGGAGUCUAACUCUAAGGGCACACAGAGAAAUGUUUCAAUAUAUAAAGUCAAGCCAAAAAAGAAGAGGUUGAUGGUGGAUGUCUAUGCAAGUUCUAGCUGCUGCACUCUUGAAGACCUUGAUAAGAGGAAUGGUACAAACUGGAGUUCUGAAUUGGCAUUACUGAAUUCUCCAACUAGUGGUGUGGAUGGGCUGACCAAAAGACAAGAUGUUUUACCAAUUCAUUCCGAGUAUGAUAGGACUGAACCAGUGUAUGUUGAUUCAGAUGGUGUAAAGCUUAGGAUUUUGUCCAAGUUAAGCGAACAAGAAAUAUCACAUGAAAAGUUUGAGCUCAGGAAACAUGCAAAAGAAUCAAAGGCAAGGGAAGCUCUAUCAAUUAGCAAGAAAAAGCAUUUUGCAUCAAAACAUUUGAAAUAUAUGAAAUUGAAAGCACAAAAUGAGAAUGGUCUCUCAUCUAACAUGAAGUCACAGAUCCAUUCUACAGAUAAAUUGGAUUGCAACACACAGAAUCAUCAGAAGAAUGAUAGAUCUCUGACAUGCACAUCAGAGCCAGAACAGAGAGACAAGACCAUUUUGUUUGCAACAGUGAAGCAGUGGGCAUGCGCCAAGCGCUCACAGGUCCGGAAAAGGUUAAGCAUAGAAGACAAGUGUGGUACCUCGAAGGACAUGCUACCUUCUAGUAACAUGAAUGUCCAACCAGAUUCAGGCAACUCUCCUGAUGCGAAGGCACAGACCAAGAGAUUAUCUAGUUCAUAUGAAGAGCUGAUUGGUUCUCCAAAGACAAAGAGAGUUAAUUUCCUAUAUAAUGUUGCCCGUAGCAUGGAUCAAGGGAAGCACGGGUCUAUGGAACUGCCUCAGCCAAACUCCAAAUCGUCUUCAGAAAAUUUGAUCACAACUAAUAGUCUUGUUUUGAAAUUAUCAAGAUCAUCAGGGAGCUUUACAUGUUCAUCAGUGUUGAAAUUAAAAGAGAAGGAUGUGGGCACUCGAGACAGGCUCAAUAGUGCUUCUAAUAGGAAAACAGUAAUGUUGAAAGCUGAAGCUUUGAAGAAUAAUGACACAGUUAAGAGGCAACUUUGUUUAGAAGGAAGCAAAGAUGGAGAAAUUGAGAAACAAUCCAUCUUUAAAAAGUUACGUAAGUACAGUACUGUCUCAAGGACUGUUCAGGAAGGAGAACAUCCACCAUUGAACAAUGCAAGUUCAUCAAGUCCUACAUGUUAUGGUGCUCUUCCCAGAAUAGAUGGAAGCGAAACAAUAGGAUCUAACCAAUGUUCUACACCGAGGAAUAUUACAGCAUUUGGAGGAACUAUGAAUGAUGUGACAUGUCAAUAUUCGACCAUAAUGGAACACCAGGAAAACAGCAAUUCAACAAAUCUGAGCUCACAAACUCAAUUCCAUGGAACCGAAACUGAAACUUUAGGCAUGCAAAUCGAAAUAUCUGACUCCAGAUAUUAUGGGACCAGAUCUUCCAUGGAGAAAACUAAUCCCAAUCCUAUUUCUCAUGAUAGUGUAAUCUCAGAAAAGGUUGCACCAUCUCUUGGCACACAAUUAGAUUCUUGUCAAUCUGAAGAACAUGCACAACCAAUAUAUGCAACUGAAACCUGCACAGAACAGUUUCAACAUCAAGAGAAGUUUCAAGCUGAUAGUAAUUCUUAUGAGAAUGGAGAUCAGCAGAUUAAAUUGACAGAGGUUAAACGAAGAGCAUAUUCUCACAUGAUGCAGCCGGAGGAAGAGCCAGCUGAUGAUACUCUUUCUCUUCAUGAGUCUAGUGGUUGUUUGACUUGUCACAAUGAUGUACCAGAAAGAAGCUCAUCAACAAGUUCUAUUAGAAUUACAGCAAGUCAUUCCAAGAAUGUAUCAACUGACAGGGAACCGUCUGGAUCUCCCAUUUCCACUGCAUCAACCAUCUCUCUACCAUCUCCAUCAGAUUUAAAAUUUCAAGGUGCUGAAAAGUCAUCUGGAACUGCUAGUGCCAAUGAUAACCCAAGUCCAGCAAUUCCUUCUGCAGAAAGUAUUAAAGUAGCUCAGGAGGGAAAUUUAGAUAAUAGGGAGCAAGAAACUAAGGAGAUCCUGCCAGAUAAAAAACUUCAUCAAUGUCAGGAUGAUAAGUGCUUAUGCGGCUCGUGCAGAGAGAGAAUUAAUAAAGUUUCUGAAUCGUUCAGACAAAGUGGUACCGUCAAGACUACCUUGCCAAAGUGGGUAUCAAACUUGCCCAUUCGACCGAGGAAUUCAUCCUCUUUUGAUCUCUACCAGAAUCAUAAUAUGACAGACAAUUCAGAAACUGGCGCACAAAGUAAAUCAACUUUGCUGAAGAGUUCACUGGAUUUGCCAGUCAAGUUUCCUAUUCAUGGCAAUACAUGUUCACCCAGGCCAUCACUGCAAUCACAGAAUCAUUCUGUUUCCAGUCCUAUGCUAAGGUUGAUGGGUAAAAACUUACUGGUCCAGAACCAUGAAGGAAAUGAACAAAGUCAGCCUGCUUUGAAUUACAGUCAACAGGUAAAUCUUUCUCAUCCUGAAUAUGCUUUGAACAGCAAUCACAUGAAGCAGGGCAACUUUCAGUAUCAGCAUAAUCAGCUUGUUGCUGGGCCUCCUCGAGCUUUUGGCCGAACUGCACCGCCUCUAGUUGAUCACCAGAUUCCGCUGAAUUUACCUCGAAGGCCAAGUGGUGGUGGCUUUACGGGUGUUCCACUGCAAUCUGGUUGUACAGCUAAACUUGAUCAACAGAUUCAGCAAUUCCAACCAUGCAAAGAUGCUCGUUUAUCUUGUCAAAUAAUGGAUCAGCUGAUUGUGAUUGAUGACCCUCGGCAUGAGAAUGGUGCAAGAGGAUUCCUAACAAAUUCAGCAAGCAAUUUGGCAUUUACAAAUUCAAGUCAUAGCUCUCUGCCUCAUACUUCACUCUUCUACUAUCCAUUACAAAACCAAACGGUCGAUUAUAUUAGACCCUUGCUCCCUAAUCUCUACUCGAGUGCCAAUUUCAGUUUUAUGAAUCAAAAUAUCAGCUCAGAGAACCAGGGUCCUUUCGUGCCAAACCCCAGUUUAUUCCAGUCCCUCCCGGGUCAAAGAGCACCUGUUAUGUACUACUCAAGGAACCUGCAUUGAUCAUAGUCAAAGACCCUUAUGUAAGUUAUUUGACAGAUGAACAUUAGCAUCAAGAAAAUGAUAUUCUGAUUAGAAGAACUAGCAAGUGAAAAGUUUUACAGUUACUGUAUUUAGUUCCAUGUUCUGAUACUCAUGCCCUAAGGAUUAGAAGUCGCGAAGUAGAGUUGAUACCCUGCUAGUUUAGCUGAAAUUGGAUAAAACUUCACUUUGGGUAAUAUGAAUCUCUUUUAAGGCGAAUAGUUAGUAUUUAUUAGUUAUUCAUCUGGUUGCUCA